GGAAACAAUCAAGAUUGAAGCAAUUGAGAGAGCUCAAAAUGGCAUCAAAGAGAGCAUGGAGAAUAAUUCCGAGACCCCUUCUGGAAACAAUCCUAAACAACCACGCGCAGCACCACCGCGUCCCUCAACCGCUCCUCCUCCACGGUCCCAGAGGCGUUGGCAAAACCACUCUCAUUCUCCAACGCUUACUCCCGGGCUGGACCAAAGACCAUCACCUCACGGGCUACGUAGACUUCGCCCAAUCCAUCAAAGCCCAGCCCGGCCCAUCAAAUGGCCCGUGGGCCUCGUGGUCCCUUUGCCCGCCGCCGACCCUCUCCCAGUGCCAGAAAAGCCUGGAGCAAUGCCUGGAGUCCAUGGCCGAGAAGGGCGUCCGUGCCGGCACCAUCACCUCUCAACAGAUAUUCACUUCACUCAACAAAUGGCAUGGCCUCGCCACCGCACUCCGUCGCGUGUUGCGGGAGGCUUCUUCCAAGGCCCCUGUUCCGGACAGGGCUUCGCUGGCCGUGCUGUGGGACCGCGCUGUUUUCGCCAUGUCUGCUCGUUGUGAUGCCGCCGAGAAUGAAAAGAGUGCCUUAUCCGUUGAGGAGGCUUCUUACUUGAAGGAGUCCCUCGUGGCUCUGAAGCUCGCGAAGAAGGUGAUUGCGGUUCAGCAAGGGUGGAGGGCCAAUGCCAUUGCAUUUAUGAAUCAGACCGGCACUUUCUCCAGGACUUUGACGCAUUCUUGCACUGAUUGGCCUUGUUUGUUAUUGGAGUUGUUAUCCCAAGCUGCUGAAAUUGAUCAUUUUCAGCCAAAACUGGUUAUUAACAAUAUUGAAGUUCUAAAACAUGCUACUACAAAUGAUGAGUUCUCAGUCAGUGGACCACUAUAUCAUGAUAGUCUGAUAUGGAGAAUAAUUGCUUUGGGCGCUAAUGAACGGUGUCUGCCUGUUAUCCUAGUAACGUCUGAUAGUUACUAUGCAUAUGAAGCUUUCUUGGAUUUUGGAUAUAUGGAGAUAUUUAUAUCACGUGAGACCUUUGGAUGGACUCCACAAGAAGCUAUAAUGCACAUGGUCACUGACUAUUUUAGUCAUUCAGAAUGGAAAGUGAUUGCUGAGGUAUUUGGGCCAAACCCUCGACAUCUAUUUGAACUUUAUGCACUAAAACAAAGCAGUUAUUACCAGAAAACAACAGAAGACCAGUCUUGUACCUUUGGGGAUGUUGUAGAUGCAUAUUUAGCAUAUUUGCAAAUUACUGUCGUGAAUACUGCUUUGGAUAGAGCAUUGGAGAUCUUGCAAAAAUUUGCAAUUGAUGUAUACAGUGGAAAGGUUUCAAAAGACAGAUUGCGCUUUGGUGCACCUUGGAGGCAUCCACCACAAAUUGACGAUCCUAAGUUGCGUACAGAAUGGGCAAAGCUUCAGUUAAUGGAUUUUGUUCAGUCUCUAGCCAACACAGAAUUUGGGGUCAAUUAUCGAACUGAUUAUAGUGAAGAAAUUUUUGAUGAUCCAUCAACUGUUGCAUUAUUACAGGUGGGGUUGCUUUAUGCUCAACGGGAUCCACCAUUCCUUCGUCCCAUAUCCAGAGGGAUUCAGCGGUGUCUUGUGAGAUGGCUUGUACAGCAGCAGAUGCAGCUGAGAUUCCACAACUUGAUUCAUUUUCUUUGGCAUAGAAUAAUACGAGGACGUUAUUAUCGCCAUUUGAUGGUCCAAAUAGGCUAUAAGUAGAGAACGAAAGUAGGUUUACCUUGGAAAAAGGACAAAGUGAGGCAAGUCUUCUAUCAAAUUCAUGGAGAGACAUAUAUUAUUUUUGGCUAAUUUCAGUUGCAUUGGAUUCUCCACAUCUGCGGCUUCAAAAUGCUAUAUCGUUUGCUGGAUUUGGAGUUGUUUUCUAUUUUUUAUGAUUUUUUUGAAGAUGAGUCAGAUUUGCUAGAGUUGCCCAGAAUUCAAGUCUUGCUCAAGCGAGAAUUAUCUCGCUUAAGUGAAAAAUGCAGAAUUCAGAACAAAUUUUUUGCUGGUUUUCUCGCUUGAGUGAGAUUUUGAGCGAGAAAUUGUGCAGUAGACCUUGCUCUCAGGUUAGGUUUCGCUUGAGCAAAAAUUGACUCGCUCGAGCGAUAAUUCACUUAUUGCCCUACAAAAACAGAAGAUUCAGCUCGGAAAUGGAUAGCCAGAGCGGGCUUUGAAGCCCUAGCACAUCAUUGACCCAAUUUUGGAAUGCAGAACAAGAGAAGCGUGGGGAAGCAGCCAUAUAAUUGUAGAACUAAUUUCUAUCUCUUUUUCAUGUAUUUUUUUGUUGUUUUGUAUGUCAUGAACAGCUAGAACUCUAGGGUUUGGAUGUAAUCUUCAUACUUUGAAUAUUUUGGUAUUUUCAAUAUAGAUUUGUUCAUUUG